UUGAAAUCAAUGAAGAGCAAGGAACAAAAAAUGCUUGUGGAAUGAUAAAAGACAUUUUUACCUGUAAUAUAUGUGAAAAGAAAUUUUUUGCAGUUCAAGAAUUUAUACUUCAUAUACAGGAACAUUUAGGAAAACAAAAUUUUGAAUGCAAAUUCUGUAAAAGGAAUUUUAUUUGGAAUUAUACUUUAAAGAGUCAUCUGUUUAUUCAUGGGGGAGAGCAGCAUGUUCAUUGCGACUUCUGCAAGAAGAGAGCCAGGACGAAAGUUACGUUGAAAAGACAGUCGUGGAACAAUUUCAAAAGGAGGUUUCGGCAUAGAAUUUGGAUGAAAAGAUAUUCAUAUAAAUUAUUUUAUAAACGUCAUAGAAUAAUGCAAAUUAGAACAAAGAGUUUCAGUUGUAAUAUCUGCAGGGAGAAAUUUCUUCUGAGGUCUGAUUUAUUGGAGCAUAUAAAAGUGCAUUUUGGAGGAAAUCGCAGCAGAGAAGUGCUUAAGCCAGUGUUGAAAGUGGAAGACCCGGAUGAAAAGCUCUAUUUAGAACAUCAUCCUUUUCAGUGUGAAUUGUGUGAAAAACGAUUUACUGCUAAAACUUACUUAUUACAACAUCAGACAUGCCAUACAGAAGAUCAAGGUUUUCGUUGUCACCUCUGCCCGAAAAUUUUCCAAUGGAAGUCUAAUUUAAUAAAACAUAGGAAAUUUCACAGUGGAGAAAGACCGCAUCAGUGUGAUAUUUGUGGCAAAAGUUUCAUGGAAAGAGCGCAAUUAGGAGAACAUAAAAAAUGCCAUUCUGACGAGAGACCUUAUAGUUGUGAUGUCUGUGGAAAAUGUUUUAAGUCGCGAUCGAACUUAAAAUGUCAUAAAAGAUGUCACAUUGAAGAAAGACCUUUUGACUGUAUGAUUUGUAAAAAGAGUUAUAGGACAUGGUCGGAUUUAAACAUUCAUAGCAGGUGCCAUUCAGGAAAAAAGCCCCACAAAUGUGAGUUUUGUGGCAAGUGUUUUAGAGUUAGAUCAGCUUUAAGUAUUCACAGGAAAAGCCAUUCUAAAGAGAGACCUUAUCAGUGUGAGAUAUGCAAAAAGUGUUUCAAACAGAAAUAUAAUUUAAAACAACAUAUGAAAUGCCAUUCUACAGAGAAACCUUUCCAGUGUCAAAUAUGUAAUAAGAAUUUUAGGGAAGAGAAACGUUUAAGGAAUCAUAAAAAAACACAUUCCCAGGAGAGACCUUUUCAAUGUGAUCUCUGCAAAAAGUAUUUUAAAGAAAAGGUAUAUUUAAAACGGCAUCUAAAAGCUCAUUUUCUUGAAAGAACCCACCAAUGUAAUUUAUGCGAAAAAAGUUUUAAGUGGCCAAACAAUUUAAAAAAACAUCAGAGAAAACAUUUUGAAGUGAAGAGUUAUCCUUGUGAAUUCUGUGAUUUGAAAUUUACAGAGAGGUCGGCUAUGUUUCAGCAUCGGAAAUCUCAUGCUGACGAACGGCCCUAUCCAUGCGAAAUCUGUGGGAAAGGAUUCAAAAAUAAAAAGCACUUAAGACGCCAUGUAAAGAGACAUUCUCCAGAGUUGCCUUAUCAUUGUGAAAUCUGCAAUAAAAAUUUCAAAGAUCCUUCUUACUUUUCUAAACAUGUACGAAAUCAUUCUUUAGGGACAAUUUAUCAAUGUGAGUUCUGCACGGAAACCUUUACAGAAAAAUUACUAUUAAUGGAUCAUGAAAAAUGUCAUUUUUAUGACACAAUCUAUCAAUGUACUCUUUGCAAAAAGAAUUUUGGGAACAAAGCAAAUUUGGCGAGGCAUGAAAAAUUACAUUCCGAGGAAAGUUCUUUCCAGUGUGAAGUAUGCAAAAAGAAUUUCAAAAACCACAGGUAUUUAAAUCAACACAUGAAAAUUCAUUCGAACGAACGACCUUAUCAAUGCGAGAUCUGCAACAUGAAUUUUAAAGAUAAGCAUCCGUUAAAGCGACACAUACAAUGUCAUACUGACGAAAAACCUUUUCAGUGCGAGCUCUGUGAAAAAGCAUUUAGGAGAAAGUCACAUUUAGUACGACAUCAGAAUUGCCAUACAGACGAAAGACCUUUUGAGUGCGGGUUUUGUCCAAAAAGUUUUAAGUUGAAAUCUGUUUUAAUUGAACAUCAAAGAUGUCAUUCCGAGGUGAAACCUUUUCAGUGUAACCUAUGUGAGAAAAGCUUUAGACAGAAGUCGAAUCUGCUUCAGCACGAGAAGCUACAUUCUGGCGAACGGCCGUUCGAAUGCAAAACUUGCUUUAAGAACUUUAAAAAUAAAAAAUAUUUGAAUCGACACAUUAAGACACAUUCCGAAGAGAGGCCUUACCAGUGCGAUUUGUGUGAUAUGAAUUUCAAGGAUAAGCACUUAUUAAAACGUCAUUUAUUGUGCCAUUCGGGAGAAAAGCCGUUCCAAUGCAAUAUAUGCAAAAAGUAUUUUAGAAGAAAAUCACACUUGGUAAGGCACGAAAAAUGUCAUACGGGCGAGAGACCGUUUCCUUGCGACAUGUGUGAGAAAAGUUUCAAAAGUGUUUCUGAAUUAAACGGUCAUCAAAGAAAUCACAUGAAAGUCAUUUAUAUGAUGAAAUCACAAGAUAAGAAAUGCGAUGAAUCAUAGCUCAAGUAAAUUGUGAUUUCUAAUCGAAUCCUUUUGUUCUACAAUAGGAUAAGAUGUAAUAAUUUACCAUACCUCGAAGAAGUGCAAUUGUGAGUGUUCCUCACAGACCUGUAAUGAUAAAAAUAUAGUUAUGUGGACCAAAAACUGUGUGAAUUUAGAAGACAUGUUCCAAGAAAUACAUAAAAUUAUUUUCAAUAUUCCUUCUUAGCGUCUCCAAAGUAUAGUUAAAAAUGAAUUACGAUAAUAAAACUUAUAAAGUAAAUAUUUACAAGAUGAGAUGAUGAUCCAAUUUAUGGCAGUUAAAAUCAUAAAUAAUAAUAGAAAAUUAAUGUUUAUUGUUAUAGAGCACAAAUUUUAUCUGCAAUAUUUUCAUUAAACUAUUUCAAUUUCAGAUUUAGGAAAAAAAUAUAUUUUGCAGAAUUGAUAAGAGUGAGAACUGUAGAUAUUGGCUAUGAGAUGUUUGGAAAAAUAUAGUAUUUGCUAGG